AAGGAAUAUUGCUUACGAUGCGGUAAAAGGGUGUAUCAUAUGGAGAAGCUCGGUCCAGUAAAAGAGUGUCUUUACCACAAACUGUGUUUUAGAUGCGUUGUGUGUAAUACUACCCUGAACGUCAAAAAUUACCACGUGAACCCCAACGACAUGGAAGAUUUGAACGUGUAUUGUGUGACCCACGUGCCAUCC